UUACAAGCUAAGAGCUUUUCCUAAUUUGCACUCAAAACUUUAUCAUCCAAAUACAACUCAUAAUAAUGAGAGAGGUUCAUCAUGAAACGUAGUUUUUGGGAGGCAGUUAGUAUUUGGUAAUGAGCUAGAAAUUAAAGGUCUUGUUCUACCUGCACCAUAAAAACACCAUCUUUUUCUUUCAGUUGGGUUUGUGCCAUGUGUCCACUGUGCAUCACUCUAUCUUAGAUACUGACAGAGUCUCUUCGCAUAAACUGCAUAAAAAUCUUAACAACGUCGAGUGGAUGGCCGCGGUUGUUCGGAGGAUGAGAUGUCUGUUUCCUUCUUGAGAAACUCAACAAAUUCACACCCACAAACAAAGUCACAAACUCUCUCUCUCUCUCUCUCUCUCUCAAAGUACUGUAUUGUAUUUUCUUGGUUUUGCUGAGAGACCCAUUUCAAUUUUGUUCUUUUUUCUCAAUUACUCAAAGGUACACAUAAUUGAAGAUAAAACUCUUUCCAAAUUUUCUGUUUUGGUGUUGCUUUUGGCCAUGCUCAUCUCUCUCUAAACUGUUUGCUGCUUCUUUUGUGGCGUGUGUCUCUCUGCAUGGGCUCUCUUUAUGCGUUUUGGUUUUGUUACCUAUCUGUUGCUUCCGUUUCUCUUUGACAUCCAAGUGAACUAUACCUUUUACUUGAUACAAGAAGAUAUUCUGCGAUUCAUGUUGGAAGGAAGAUGAAGGUGGGCCACCAAAGUUUAAGUGAUGAGUUGGUUGGCGUCCCAUGAAAUUCCGGUGAAAAAAGCUUCAGAGUAGCUCUUGGGUUCUUUGAUUGAUCCUUAAAGGUGAAAAUGGAACCAUUAAAUCAGAAGUCGCUUGAGAGAGCUGUUUCUCAGAAGGCUUUGCAAAUGGGGAGUUCAUUUCCAUGCCAAAUUUGUGUGGUUGGUUUUCUGUGUGGAGUUUGUCUCACUUCUCUGUUUCUGGCUACUCUUACUUCAUUUGGUACUUUUGAGUUUGGUGGAUUUUCAUUUUCGACCAUUUCCGAGGGUGCUUCAGCUGAAAAUUCAAGCUCAGAGAUCAUCAGUAUGGUUGCAGGCACAAACUGCAGUUUUAAACCGAUAAUCAGAACAGAGAGAAUAGUUGAUUCACUAAGAAGUGAAGAAAUGAUCAAUAAUGAGAGUGUCUCAUUGUUGUAUUCAGUUUGGAGUGCUUUACUGACUGAAUCAGAGUCUGGAGAAAGUGAUGACUUGCAGAGACUUGGAGUAAGCACAUCUCGUGUGCCAAAUGCCCCUCAUUUGGAAAACUGCAAGUUAAAAACACAAGUAAAUGAGCGCCUCGAUAAGCGUGCUGAGAAUGAGACUUAUCCUCCCUGGACAAGUUGGAAAGGGUUGUUGGCCAAGUACCCAGCAGCUGCAACUAACGAGCAUCAAGCUACAUCUGAAGGUGCUUAUGCUCCCUGGAUUACAGGGUCUGAUGAAGAAAAUUACCCCCUGACCAGAAAAGUGCAACGAGACAUAUGGAUGCAUCAACAUCCUUUGAACUGCAGGGAUCCUAGUGUAAAAUUUCUUGUAGCUGACUGGGAAAGAUUACCUGGAUUUGGAAUUGGGGCCCAGAUUGCUGGAAUGUGUGGGCUUCUAGCUAUUGCAAUCAAUGAAAAGAGGGUCCUUGUUACCAACUACUAUAAUCGGGCCGACCAUGAUGGUUGUAAAGAUUCAUCCCGCUCCAGUUGGUCUUGCUACUUCUUUCCUGAAACAUCCCAAGAAUGUCGAGAUCGCGCAUUUGAGCUUAUGGGAAGUGAAGAAGCCUGGAAAAAAGGCACCAUUAAGGCAAAAGAAAGUUAUAAUUCAAAGCAAAUAUGGGCUGGACCUACACCUAGAACAUGGGGUGAUCCUUGGAGUCAUUUGCAACCUACCACAGACAUCAAUGGAAGUUUAGUUGCUUAUCAUCGCAAAAUGGAUCGGAGGUGGUGGAGGGCACAGGCAGUACGAUACUUGAUGAGAUUUCAAACUGAGUACACAUGUGGCUUAUUGAAUGUUGCUCGUCAUACUGCAUUUGGAAAGGAAGCUGCCAAUAUGGUCGUCACAACUUUUGAAGGGAAAUGGCCUAAGGAUGCUAUGGUCGAUCGAAGGUCUGAUAUUGAAGAAUUUGUUUGGUCUAGUCACAAGCCUUGGAUGCCUAGGCCACUACUCAGCAUGCAUGUAAGAAUGGGAGACAAAGCAUGUGAAAUGAAGGUAGUUGAAUUUGAAGAAUACAUGGGUCUUGCUGGCCGCAUUAGAAAGCGCUUCCCACAGCUCAAGAGUGUUUGGCUCUCCACUGAAAUGCAGGAAGUCAUUGACAAAUCCAGAAGUUACCGUCACUGGGACUUUUACUACACGAACGUGACCCGCCAAGUCGGAAACAUGACAAUGGCAACUUAUGAAACGAGUCUCGGCAGGGAGACUAGCACAAAUUAUCCACUUGUCAAUUUCUUGAUGGCAAGUGAAGCUGACUUUUUUGUUGGAGCAUUGGGUUCCACUUGGUGCUUCCUUAUAGAUGGAAUGAGAAAUACCGGGGGGAAAGUUAUGGCCGGAUACUUGAGCGUCAACAAGGACCGGUUCUGGUAGAGAUCCAUCUAAACUACAGGCAAUGAGAAUUAUAGAUAUGUAAAUCAUUAGGGUCAACAAUUUUGUUGUCUGUAUAUCAGUAUGUAUUAUCUACCUCUUAAUCAUGUAAGUUAUGUACAUGCCCACAUAAGCAAAGAUCCAUUAGGAAAGACUUUUAACAUAGAACGUCUAUGAUUUGUUACUUUUGCACGAGAGUGUGCUCGAGUUGAGUGGGAUAAUACAAGUAGAAAUGUGUUGACUUCCA